CUCCACCCCACCCUUCCAAACCAGCUGGCCGCGGCCGAAAACCCCCGAUCAUGCCGCCGCCGGGCAAACCCUACACCCGCUCCGCCGCCGCCGCGGCCGCGCCCGAGGCCGACAAGGUCGACCCCGACUACCUCUUCUUCCUCCAGCACGUCCGCCUGGACGGCGACGCCUACGCGCUCUACAUCCCGUCCGAGGACGGCGUCUCCCCUCCCGAGGUGAUCAGGUACGAGCAACCCCUCCCCGGCAGCAAUGUCGGGGACCCCGUCGCCGGCUCCGAGUACGGGGGCCAACGGGGCCCUCCCCCGUCGGAGGGGGACUCCUUGGCCGCGCGCAAUUCCCCGCACGCGGCCCCGUACGGCGCCGCUUCCCCUCGCUCUUCCGGCGGCAAGCGCAAGGCCCCAGAGCCGAGCCCCCGCGUCGAGGUCCGGAGCGGCGCGGUCCCCGUGGAAGAGGACCCUGCGCCGGCGGCGCGGGAACCCGCUUGGUACGACUCCCGGCCUGGCAUCGACGAGGACUACCGCCUCUUCCUCCGCCACGUUCGUGUGGUGAAUGAAGGCACAGCCGUGGUGAAGAUGGGGAAUGCAACCAUCCUUAUGGGGAACGAGCCGUCCGUAGACAAUAGCGACGCUGAGGAAGAUGAAGACGUGUCCAUUCUUGCGUCAGGGCACUCAGGGGAGGACAGUGUUGGUACGGAAGAGGAGGAGAACGUGGACGGAGAGAAAGAGGCGGGGCUUGAUUCUGAUCUGCAGAUCGUGAACGUCUUUGACUUAGAGGUGAAGGUGGAGGAGGUGAGCGAAGAAGAGGGCGAGGAGGACACGCAGGGGAAGGAGGUGGGGCCUGGAUCAGAUUUACAGAUUGUCAAUGUUAUGGAAUUUGAGAUGGAGGAGGACGGAGAGAAUUUGAGUGCGCCAAUCAAGGGAAUAACAGAGUCACAGCCAUGUAACAGGGAAGCAAGCUCAAGCAAGGGACAUCCGGCCACACCUCACAAUGCUUCGGAAUUACAAGGCGUUAUAUGGCCCCCACAUAUUAUUGAGAGGCCAAAUUCAAUUUUCAAAAAAGAGUUGAUGGAGAUUCUCAACAAACCAUUUAAACAGGAAGAAUAUGAUAGGUAUGUUGCCCUGGCCACUAAUCGCAGUCCGAUUGUCAAGGAACGAAGGACCCGUAAUAAUGUGGUGUACUAUCCCUGGAAGCAUGAGAUGGGCAAGUCAUACUUUGAUAGUUACCCAGAUCUUGCCGAGCAAUUCAGACUCCAAGACAACAACUAUCCCAAUCGCUUGGCUCUUUUGCGUGGGCUUUUCUUCUGGUUGCAGAAUGUUGGGCGAGAAGACCAAUUCAGGCCAUGGACAGAUGACUUCAAAAGAUACCGAGUUGUUUCCUUCACGUGAGAGGGUUACCCAUACUAGCUGAAACUCCCUCCUGUUUCAGAAACAAAGUCUUUUCUU